ACAAGGAUGGACUAACAAAUAACAACAACAAUCAUCCGUGUACAUAUUUUUAAUCUAUUCAUUAAAAUAAGCUCCUAUAUGAUAUCACAACAAAGAAAACUUGACAAAAAAGAAAGACACAAAAGCAAUCUAUUCCGCGUUCAAUUUUAUUGUCUACUUCAACACACAUCAUCUCAAUGACUUGAAAUUUCUGAUAAAGAAAAUUCACACUUUUAUAUUUUCCAUCUUGUUGAACCAUCAAGUACAUGAGUUUUGUUCAUAGAAGAAGAAGAAUAACAAAUAGAACAAGUGAAGGAUCAUUAAUGUCAGAACAAGAAUCUGAUUCAUGGAGUUUCAUGUUGGUCUGUUUUUUGAUCAUUUUCUCAGGUAAACUUGUUGAUGGAGAUUCAUUAGUAACAGAUACAAAAGUAUUAUUGAAUUUGAAAUCCUAUUUGGAGAAUCAAACAGCUUCAAAUAGAGGAGAAUAUUUAAGUUGGAACAAGAACAAAUCAAAUCCUUGUGAUUGGUCAGGAAUAUCAUGCAACCAAAUCAAAGGUAAAAGAAAAUGGAGGGUUGUAAGUGUAGAUAUCUCAGCAAGUGAAAUUGCAGGUAAGAUGUUUGAUAAAUUUUCUCAGUUAACUGAACUCACACACCUUGAUGUUUCAAUGAACACUCUCUCUGGAGAGAUUCCUCAAGAUAUAAGAAAAUGUAAGAAUCUUGUGUAUCUCAAUUUAUCUCAUAAUAUUCUUGAGGGAGAAAUGAAUUUGACUGGUUUGAAUAAGUUGCAAACAUUGGAUUUGUCUAUGAAUAGAAUUCAAGGUGAACUUGAGUUGAAUUUUCCUGAUAAUUGUGAUAGUUUGGUCACUUUGAAUGUUUCAGAUAAUCACUUUUUUGGUAGGGUUGAUAGGUGUUUUGAUAAGUGUUCAAAGUUGAAGUAUUUGGAUUUGAGUACAAAUAAUAUAAGUGGUGUUUUAUCAAAUGAAAUUUCAAGGUUGAGACAAUUUUCAAUUUCUGAAAAUUUUCUAAGUGGGAUUAUACCUUCACAAGGUUUUCCAAUGAAUUGUAGUCUUGAAAAAUUGGAUCUUUCUGUCAAUGGAUUUUUCGGUAAACCGCCUAAGGAAGUUGCUAACUGCAAGAAUUUGGAGAUUCUAAAUCUUUCUAGUAACAACUUUAGUGGUGAAAUACCACAUGAAAUUGGUACAAUUUCUGGUCUCAAAUCAUUGUUCUUGCAGAAUAACACCUUUUCAAGAGAUAUUCCAAAUACCCUUUUGAAUUUGACCAAUUUGUUUAUCUUGGAUAUAAGUAGAAACAAUUUUGGUGGUGAGGUACAGCAGAUUUUUGGUAAAUUCAAGCAAUUGAAGUUUCUUUUGUUACACACAAAUUCUUAUGUUAAAGGAUUGAAUUCAUCAGGAAUUUUCACAUUGACUAAUCUUACAAGAUUAGACUUAAGUUCCAACAACUUUUCAGGUCCAUUACCUAUUGAAAUUUCUCAAAUGUCUGGUCUCAUUUUCUUAUCAUUAAGCAACAAUAACUUCAAUGGUUCUAUUCCUUCUGAAUUAGGAAAGAUGAGUAAAUUACAAGCAAUUGAACUUUCUUUCAAUAGUUUCAAUGGAAAAAUUCCACCGAGCCUUGGAAACUUGAGUUCUCUUCUUUGGUUAAUGCUUGCAAAUAAUUCAUUAACAGGCGAAAUCCCUCGAGAGUUAGGUAAUUGUUCAAGUUUGAUAUGGUUGAACCUUGCAAACAACAGACUCACCGGAAAAUUUCCUUAUGAGUUGACCAAAAUUGGAAGAAAUGCUGUGGAAACAUUUGAAUUGAAUCAUAGAAACAUGGUUGGAGUAGUUGCUGGAAAUAGUGAAUGCUUGUCGAUGAGAAGAUGGAUACCUGCCGAUUACCCUCCAUUCAGUUUUGUGUAUAGUAUCCUAACAAGGAAAAAUUGUAGAUCCCUUUGGGAUAGAUUGCUUAAAGGAUAUGGAAUUUUUCCUAUGUGUGCAUCUGAACCAUCAACUAGAUCAUCUCAUAAAUUUGGUUAUGUUCAGUUAAGUGGUAAUCAAAUUAGUGGUGAAAUUCCUUCAGAAAUUGGAACCAUGGUAAAUUUCAGUAUGUUACAUUUAGGAGACAACAAAUUCAGCGGCGAAUUUCCAAAAGAAAUUGGUGGUUUGCCACUUAUAGUGUUGAACAUGACUAGGAACAAAUUUUCUGGGGAAAUUCCUAGGGAAAUUGGUAACAUGAAUUGUAUGCAGGAUCUUGAUUUGUCUUGGAACAAUUUCUCAGGUACAUUUCCAACAAGUUUGGUCAAUUUGGACCAACUUAGCAGGUUCAAUAUCUCAUAUAAUCCUUUAUUAUCUGGUACAGUACCACCAUUAGGCCACUUGCUUACUUUUGAUAAGGAUUCAUAUUUAGGUGAUACCCUUUUAGAUCUUCCAAAGUUUUUUUAUAACACCCCAGAUGGAAAAAACAAAACUUUUGAAAAAAGAAUGAGAAAACCUACCAAAUGGUAUCUUUGUGUUGCUCUAACACUAGCUUGUUUGGUUUCUGGACUUCUUUUUCUGACUGUUUAUUUCUUGGUGAAAAGUUCAUCUUUAGAACAAGGAAAGUUUCUCAAAGAUAAAAAUCAGGAAAUAUUUUCUGAUUCUAUCAAGAUAUUCCACUUGAACAAUAUAGUUUUCACGUAUGCCGACAUUCUCGAGGCAACAAGCAACUUCAAAGAGGAAAGAAUCAUAGGAAAAGGUGGUUUCGGAACGGUCUACAAAGGAAUUUUUCCUGAUGGAAGAGAAGUGGCAGUGAAGAAGCUACAAAGAGAAGGAAUUGAAGGUGAAAAAGAAUUCAAAGCCGAAAUGAAAGUCCUUAGUGGUCAAGAAUUUGGAUGGCCACAUCCACACCUUGUCACACUUUAUGGUUGGUGUUUAUAUGGUUCACAAAAGUUACUAGUUUAUGAGUACAUAGGAGGUGGAAGUUUGGAAGAAUUAGUAACUGAUACAAAAAAAUUGACGUAUAAAAGACGCUUAGAAGUCGCGAUUGAUGUGGCUAAAGCGUUAGUUUAUCUACACCAUGAAUGUUACCCUUCAAUUGUGCAUAGAGAUGUGAAAGCCAGUAAUGUGUUGCUUGAUAAAGAAGGUAAAGCAAAAGUAACUGAUUUUGGACUUGCUAGAGUUGUCGAUGUUGGUGAUAGUCAUGUGAGUACAAUUGUAGCCGGAACUGUUGGUUAUGUUGCACCUGAAUAUGGACAAACAUGGCAUGCUACAACAAAAGGUGACGUUUAUAGUUUUGGUGUGUUGAUUAUGGAGUUGGCAACCGGGAGAAGAGCCGUGGAUGACGGGGAAGAAUGUUUGGUUGAAUAUGUUAGGCGUGUCAUGGAUAAUGGUACAAAUGGAUUUAGCCAUUUUGGACUAGUUGGUGGUGCAAAGGAGAUGUUUGAGUUGCUUCAAGUUGGAGUAAAGUGCACAAAUGAUUCACCACAAAAUAGGCCUAACAUGAAAGAGGUUCUAGCUAUGUUGAUUAAGAUAUUCAAUUUUUAUAGAAGUUCAAAUUAUUGACACCUUGUUCAGCUUAUGCGUGUUCGAAGAUUCUCAGUUCCGCGGUGGCGUGUCGGCUCACCAAAUGUUAUACUUUGGAGAUUCAACCUAUUUUCCUCAAAUACAUAGUUAAUCUUCUUCUUGUUUUUUUUUAUUAGAAAACUAAAUGAACUUUGAUAUCAAAAUGUAAGUUGCAAUACAAUACACACAUAGAAUAAAAAAUGUGAUGCACAGUUGUUUCUUCCCUUGUGUAAAGGAACUUCAUUCAUGUUGAAGAAGUUGCUAAAUUUUGUUGUGUAAUUAGGAAAUUUGUUGUUGUAAUUUCAGUUUUGUUUUAGUUCAGCCCCUUUUGAUGAAUAAUUAGCAUCACUAUUCAUUUUA